CGUUGCCAACUUUUAUCUGCUGAUACGUAUACACACCGUAUACACAGUCGUGGCCAUACACGCGAAAUAAAUUGUUAUUUUAAUUUUUAUAUUUAACUGUAGGGGGAUUACCACCGCGAAAAGCCGACUAACGACAAUAGAGUCGAAUCCACCCUCCUGAAGAAAUUAAAACCGAACGGAAUUCGCCUAUCGACAACGACUGUGCCGGACUCUACGAGCACAAUGACACUGUACAAGCGGUAUGUGUCUCCAGUUAGCCCAGCAGUUUAUCCACACCUCACAUUGUUAUUGCUCAGCAUUGGUGUGUUUUUCACGGCAUGGUUUUUCGUCUAUGAAGUAACUGGUACAAAGUAUACCAGAAAUUUGAAAAAAGAACUGACCAUAUCUUUUGUUGCUGCCUUAUUUACCGGCUUUGGUCUUCUGUUCUUAUUACUUUGGGUUGGAAUAUAUGUAUAAUGCAUUAUUAUUAUUAUUAUUAUUAUUACUACUUCAUUUUUUCCAACACCUAAUUUAUAGACAUUAUUUUGAGUUAUUAUACGCAAUAAAACAAUAUUUUUACAUAUAAUCCAUACUAUUUGAGUGUGUGAAAUAUAGAUAAAUGUAUCUUGUUAUUAAACAUUAAAUUAUGUAAAUAUUGUAUAAUAAUUUAAAUCCCUAUUUAUGCCUGUCAUCAAUUGAAACUACUUUCUUUAUAAAUUAUUUUUGUUUUCAUUUUUAAAAAUAUAAUAAAUGUGUUCAUAA